UCAGGCGAAGAGCCCAGUCCCGCUCGCAGCCCUGGAUCCCCUUUCCUCCCAUCGCUAGGUUUCCUCCAGGCCGCCGCCGGUCCCUUGUGCGCGGCUCCCUCCGGCGUCAUGGCGGCCGGGUAGGGUCCCUCCUCCUCCGCUGCUCCUCCCGUCGGCGUCACCCGCCCCUGCCCCGCUCUCCAGCAGCAGCACUCUACUCCGGCGGACGCCGCCAAACUCUCUUCUCCAAAAUUUCAUCUCCCCCCUCCCGAUCUAGCCAGACGGUCACGCGCACCGGCACGCCAGGGAUGAUGGAGCCCGCCUCCCGCAAGCGCCGCGCCUCGUCGCCUCCGCCGUCGGGCCCCGUCACGCUGCCGCCGCCCGGCUUCGUGGCGGACAGGGAGGAGGCGGCGGCCCGCGUGGAGCGGCUUCUCCAGUACCAGUUCAACAACCGCUCCCUGCUCGAGGAGGCGCUCACCCACCAGUCCUUCGCCGGCGGCGCAGCAGGCUCGUACCAGAGGCUCGAGUUCGUCGGGGACGCGGCGCUCGGCCUUGCCUUCUCCAACUUCCUCUACCUCACCAACCCCACCGUCGGCCCCGGGGCGCUCUCCACGCUCCGGGCCGCCAACAUCUCCACCGAGAAGCUGGCCCGCGCCGCCGUGCGCCACGACCUCUACCCGCUGCUCCGACGCAACUGCCCUCGCCUCGAUCUCUUGGUAGGACAGUUUAUCCAGUCAGUGAAACAAGAGUUAGAGGAUGACCUUGGCACUACGCCCUAUGGUGGCACUGUAUUUAAGGCUCCCAAGGUGCUUGCUGAUAUAGUUGAGGCCAUUGCCGCUGCUGUCUAUGUGGAUUGCAACUUUGAUCUUGAGAAGCUCUGGAAGGUAACAAGGUUCCUCUUUGAGCCCAUUGUCACAGCAGAAACAAUAGAUGAGCAACCUGUGUCUACGUUGCAUGAACUGUGCCAGAAACAUGGGAAAGAUAUAAAAUUCAAGACUUGGCAGAAGGGUGGAACAGCGGUUGUAAAUGUAUUUGUUGGUGGGGCACUUGUUGGGAUGGGCUCCUCAGAGCAGAUGGUAAUCGCUAAGCUCAAUGCCACCCGGGAUGCAUUAAGCAAGCUUCUUGGUGGAGGCAAUCAGCAAGUGUUGACAACCGGAGUUGGCCAUGGAUUGGGGGUUGAGGUUGGAGAUCUUAGGGAAUGCAAGCAGAAGCUUAUUGAGCAGUGCAGCAGGAAGCAUUGGCCAAAACCUAUCUUUAAGUUAGAGAAGGAAGAUGGCCCGGCACAUGAUAGGACAUUUGUUUACUCUGUUCAGGUAGAAAGCCAUGGUGGUAUUUGGGUAACUUUAAGUGAUAAGAUGUCAAGGGUAAAGGAUGCGGAGAAUUCUUGCGCGCAGAAGAUGUUGGAACAUAUAUUGAAAUUGUGAGAUCCAUAUAUUGUCCUUUGGAGAGAACAUAUUUCUAUUUCUAUCCCUUUGUGAACCUUAGGCUGAGGUUGUGUCUAGCAAAAAUAAUAGCAAUACAAAACUAUAUUACAUCCCUUGACAAAAAUGAUGAUUCAAACUUUUAUACAAAUGUUCCUUUGCCGGAGUUAGGGAUCCAUGCACUUGAAUCCUGACGCUACAUCCUGGUGGCGACUACUAGGAAGGAGAUCCUAGAAGCCCACAUCGUGGUGGUGACUCUUAGCAUGUAGGUGGGAGAUGAGCUCAAGAGAAUUGAAGGAAACCGUGGUGAAGCGAGAGCCAAAGAGGUGAACGAGGAUGAAGGAGAUGCACCAGGAUUUUCUGAUGCGGGUUCAUCCUGUCCAUGUCGAUGAAACCAUAUAGUUUGAAAAAGCGCUACUAUGAGAUUUUCGUCGCAAAAAAAGCAGUGGGACAGAAGUUAGCCUUCCUAUUUAUCUAUGCACUCCGAUGGUCGAGAUGCAGUUCUAUACUUGCCAGUUUGUUUUUUAGCCAAACAGAUGCUUCUCUAAAGCCAUGCAUAUCGGUGUAGAAUCCAGUGUUAAGACUGAAAAUUUGUUUAUAAGCUUGAAAUAGCAUGUCCAUCUUGAUAGUAAUGACACUGGCUUCUUUUACAUAAAUAUCACAUAGAAAAUUGAAGGAUGAGAAAUAAAUUUCCACGUACAUACAUAAAAUAAAUUCAGAAAGUAACUAUGAAUAAAUAAGUUGAAAUAACAAACUAUACAUAUACUAUGAUUAGGAGAUGGUAUAAUACUUGCCCACAACCAUGGGAUUGAUGGUUACAAAAUUUAAAUAUAUAGUUUUUGGAGAGCUUAGAUCAAAAGAACCUCAUCCUAACUCAUGUUUUCUUAUAUUGGUAUAGAUUUGCUUAUCUCGUCUGUUCAAGAAAUCCUUGGGUUUGUGGUUGUUGAACUGUCCUUUUUCAACAGUUGCUUUAUAAACACUCUAGGAAAAUGUUAGAAGAUGGGAUUUUCUUCUGUUAACAAACAGCGAAAUUGGCAACCCGAGUUAUCACAGCCCACUCAGGUCAUUUUUGAUUCAGUGAUUCACACAAUGACAAACAAAAUCUAGGCCUUGGUUCGCGGUCAAUGAACACAAGCUAUGUUUCUGAUAUACGGAAAUUUAGCCACAUUGUAGGACAGUAAAACUGAGCAGCUUUCCAACCAUCUAAUGCCCUGCGCGUUUCUGGCCAUCCAUUUUCUUGACUUGGGCAACCUUGAAUGUUAGUCUGUUGUCUACUCCGGCUUUCACCAUAGAUUCUGAUUCCUGGGCCAAAAAGUCCUAGAGGGCUGCUUUUCUAGAGGAAAAUUUGGGGUGUGUUUGGUUUGUGCCUCAACUUGCCCAACCAAAAAUUUGGCAUGACCAAAGUGAGGGCAUAACCAAAAAAUUGGCAAGUUGCUAUUGUUUGGAUUUUAGCCAUUGUUGCUUUCCAAUUUUUUGGCAAGUUAUUCAUUUGGUUUCCAGAUUGAAUUGAUUUGUGCUCUUAUUUGAUUCUAAUUUAUUAUAAUGUUGAGCCAAUAAAAAAUACAUACAAAACUUCUUUUGUAAAGUAUGAACACUUAAUUAACUAUAACAUGCAAAAUUAUUACACGUACAACUUUUUGUAGAAAGAACAGCUUUUGAACUCGACCAAAGUCAUCAAAUGCACGGCUGCCCUUUUACGGAAACUGGGACAAUUAGUUGCGUGAUCCAGGGGAUUAACCGAUCCAAACAACCAACUUUGUAAUUUACCCGUUGGCAACGCUUGUUUCCUCGGAUGAUUAAUCCGCUGUACGAGAUCCACAUAACACGCAAGAGAAUACGUGUGUGGACUAUUGAUUUGUCGUUCCCAUUAACACGCACGAGAUCCACAUAUCAGCGGGCGAGAGACGUGCUUGCCAAAAAUUUGGCGACCGAUUUCAGCGCCCUCGAUGCGCCGAUGUGUUGGCAAAAAUUACACGGAGCUGGCCGGGGCGGGCUGGGCGAGCCAAUAUUUUGGCUGCGAUCCAAACAGCGACCAAAUCGCACGGGUCCCACAGGUUAGGGCAAGGAGAGCCUGCGCGGGAGAUGUAGGCCGACACCAUGGCCGUUCGGCUGAGCACAACUUGUCCGCCGGGAUUUGUAGAAGCAAUCAUUCUUUAGUUUCUUUGCAGGCAUUCAUGGCAGGUGAUGUGCCCAUCCUUCUGCUGCCUCGGUACAUGUACGUGUAUUUAUGCCCCUACCACUCUUCACUAAUUCUUUCCACUCCGGAAACACAACAUCUAUCAGCAUGGUGCUCGGCUAGGUGAUGUUCAUACUGGUUGUGGUCAAUUUAUUUGGGCAGAUCUUGGAGGCUGGUACUAUUUUCUUACUUCGGAAAUUCUUCAACUGAUAAUUUCGGAUGGCCUCUGGACAGAUUUGUUUUUGGUCCCUAUUGCAGAAUAGUGGAGGGGGAGCAGGCUUUGGAAGCUCGUGUAUUUGGUUGGGGUUAAAGUUUUGAGCAUCCGAGAGGUUGAGAAGCUGCUAAAGCAUAAGUGAGCUUGGGGUAAACCUGUCUGGUUUCGCACGUCAAGGACAUGCUUGUAUACCAGCUUCCCACCAUCGUUGUUAGCGCCAACAAUAUGAAGUGAGUCGGUUGAUGGAUUAAGAAGCCUCUCAUCCUUGGAACUCCAAACUGAAGAAGGUGGCGCUGGAAUGUAACAGUUGUGAUGAGCAUUUGCAAGAUUAGGGUGGCCCAUGCCUGAGAUUAAGAAGGCAUUUCGCUGAGACAGUGUGAUGACCCCUAAUUAUUUUCUUCUUCUUCUUGGGAUGAUGGCUCCUAAUUAGCAGCUAGCUACAGAUUAUGCGCAAAGGAGAUAGGGAGAGAAAGGUACAUGUUGAUGAAGAUGCCGCUGAAAUUUGACAGUUGUGAUGAGCAUUUGCUACAUAUUAAGAAUCUUUGUCGCUGUGACGGCAUGUUUGUUGAUGGACGGAUGGAUACCAUUUCUAUAUAUCGUGUGUGACUUUCCCAUGUCAUUAUGAAUCCAUUAUGGUACUUUUUAUUGUACUGUUA